AUGUUGACCACUUGUGCACAUGACUUGUGUAAUCUAAUAGCCAUUAUAUUGAUAUUUAGUUAGUCAGCCUAUAAGCUCCUUUGGGUUGCAAGUUGCAACCCAGCCAACUAUAAUUAGUCUACACACUUGCAGCUAUAGCUAAAAAGAUAUCGGCAAAAGAGAACAGACCAAUGGAUGACAAUAGAUACCAAGAGAAUGCUGAGGACCAACACACGCUAACUCGUCCUGGGAUGGUGACAAGUCCACACGAUGCCUCAGCCAUGCCUCUAACACUGGACUUUACAUUUCAGACAGAAGAGCUCCAGAUGCGAGUGCAGCAGCGGACUGGUGGUGACCACACACCUUCAAUGUUGAGAGAGAACUCUGACAAUGGUGUAGUACAACAUUGCUCAAAACCUAGACCUCAACAAGAUAAGAAGAGUGAACAAAAAAAUUCUGGAGUCGAUAAUGAACUUGCGCAAAAAUUGAAGAAGAGAAGGACAAUUCAUGAAGAGAGUGAGGUACAGGACAAAGCCGAUACAGUCAUUGCACACAAAGUAAUGGCUGCUGACAGUGCUACAACACUACAGCAAACAGCUAUUAGUUCAACUGUAUGCAGACCCCACAUCCCUAUCAAACCAAGGAGAAGGAACAAUAGUGACCAAACACCAGUCCAGGAGCUACAAGAUGCUGGACAGGGGCUGGAAAAGCUGUCGCUUGCAAUUGCUGAUACAAAACAUCUUCUUAAUGAGGGACCGGUGACCAUUCAGGCUGGCAGUGAGGCACCGAUUGUCCAGCAAACAGAUACAAAUCCCAAAGUUUCAGAUGUUUGGAGAUCCUCCAUAACCCAUCCUAAACCAAGGAAAAGAAAUUCAGUGAAAAGAACGGCAGUGGAAUUACUAGAUGCUAAGCACGCCAUUGAAAUGCAGGCUGUUUGCAGUUCUCUAAUGAAGACACCACAUAUUCAGCAAACAGAUGCGAGUCCUGCUCGUUCAGUUACAUGCGGACCACCUCUAAAACCCAGACUCAAGAGGUUUACUAGUUUAUAUGAGUCUGGCAAGAAAGAGGAGAAAAAUAAGACAAAGGAGCGGCCGAAAUCAAUGCUGCUAUUUGGUACUGAAGAGGAGGAGCACCAACUGUGUGAGCCUAAGACUUCUGAAAAGCAAUCGAAAGCACAGCCAUAUGAGAAUGUUCUCCCACUUGGUUAUGAAGCUACUAAGCAACCAAUCACUAACACUGGAAAUGACGAGUCUCCUACAACAGGAACACGUUGGCACAGUGAUGUAGCUGUCGAAACUUCCACACUAACAGUUCAGUAUCAGUAUACGGCGGAGGAAAGGCUCCGACAGAGAGAAGCUGUACAUCAACAGGAACUGGAAGAAAGGGAACAAGGGUACAAGAACAAGAGAAAACAUCUUGAAGAUGAGUACAAAGGGAUGAUCGAUGAAUUUAAGGAAUGGCAUGAAGAGAAGAUGAGUCGUUCGAGGGAAACUUACCAGAACAAGCACGAUGAACAGCGGAGACAACUGACUGAGAAUUUCAAUAAAGCAUUAGCUGUCCAAUCAGCUGAAGCACAGGCCGAGAAGGCACGUUUGCUCACAUCAGCUGAUCAGACUCGGUUAGAGCAUCAGAAACAGCUAGUAGAGCUACAGCAAGAAAAAGAGGCUGACAUCCUGCUGCUCGCUGAUAAAGAGGCUAGCCUUCAGCAUCAUCAAAAUGAAAACAAGAGGCUUAAUCGACAGUUAGAGGCAACUAACUACAAGGAUGAGCUGGCUCCCUACAUCCUACCACAUCUCCCUGAGCUUGGUGAGCAACAAGGCUCUGGGUCGUACGGAUCUGUCUAUCGUAUUCAACUGAAUGGGAUUAGCUGUAUUGCCAAACGACUGCACGACAUUUUGCUUGGUCAAGGGGGAGAAGAAGGAGUGAAUUUAGAUGACAAACGAGCUCUUUAUGUCAAAUUCUAUCACGAGUGUGUGCUGCUGAGUCGCAUCCGCCACCCCAACAUUGUCCAGUUCAUGGGUGUGUACUACGGGCCACAGAGAGAUUACGGGAGAGAGCUCACACUAGUAAUGGAGCGCAUGUACACGAAUCUCGAGGACUGUCUGAAACAGUAUAGUAAUAUUGAAAUGUGGUUGAAAGUGUCAAUUCUUCUAGAUGUUUCUCAAGGCUUGCUCUAUCUUCAUUCUCGGGGCGUUGUUCACCGCGAUCUGACAGCUGCUAAUAUUCUUCUCACAACGAGCUUCCAUGCUAAGAUUGCUGACCUUGGCGUCUCAAGAAUCAUUAAUGUCCACCCUCUGGCUGCCUCUAAACAGUCGAUGAAUCCUGGGACUCUCGGAUAUAUGCCUCCUGAGGCACUUACUGAAAUCCCAAAAUACGGCUCUGCUUUGGACGUCUUCUCCUUUGGUGUGCUAAUACUAUUUGUCCUUCUACAAGAGUAUCCACAAUUCUAUGACAGUUAUGUGACCCCCGAGGGAUUGGCUCGCAAGGAAUCUCAUAUUCAAAAACGUUCGAAAUGGAUAAACAUGUUGCCGUCUGAUGAUCCAUUUGUUCAAUUAAUUUGUGACUGCCUUCAAGAUGUUCCUGAACGAAGACCCACCACUAACAAUCUUAAUUACAUGCUGAUUCAAAUUGCCGCGAUGCACCCCAAACCUUACCAAGAUAUUAUCGAUAUGCAGAAGCGUUUGCAACUGUAAUGGCCCGUGUACUCACUCACUAUGCCUUCGCACCUGCAUGUCCACUGUCAUCAAGUUAAAGAAAUAAUGCUGCAUCUAACAAAAUUAUAUGCUGAAACAUUUUCUUAUAGUCUCUCAAUCUCUCCGAUCAUAAUUAUUGUUUUAUCAAUCGGAAUGCAAGCAUUAACUCUAGUAAGUGUAUAUUCAUUUAUUUUCCACUUCGA